CCUGAUUACAUCUAUAAGCCGCAUUUGUAGUUCGACUAGUUUGUAGAUAACGAAUAACGAUAUUAACAUCCGUAAUAUUUUACGAUUGUGUAUUUUGUGUUUAUUCAUUUCGUGUAACAAAUUUGAAAAAGUUUUUGCUAUAAAUCGAACAAAAUGAUUAUUCCGAUCCGGUGCUUUACGUGUGGAAAAGUUAUAGCAAACAAAUGGGAGAGUUAUCUGGGCUUACUACAAGCCGAAUACACGGAAGGUGAUGCUUUGGAUGCACUUGGACUUAAGCGAUAUUGUUGUAGACGUAUGUUACUUGGUCAUGUUGAUUUAAUUGAAAAACUUCUCAAUUAUGCGCCGCUUGAAAAAUGAUUUCCCAAAAACAAUUUUAUACCAAUUAUAUUUUUUUUUAAAUAAAACAAUCUUGAUCAAGAAAAUGUAA